GACGCCAUCAUGUGCACGACCAUCCUGGACUACCCCGAGUGCGGCCAGAUCCUGGAGAACGACGGCGACACUGGCUACGCGUAUCGCCGCAUCGUGGUAGACGACGACAUGCUCAGGCCAGCGGCCGCGAAGGCGUGCCACUGCCGGAAGGACCGGCAGACAGGCAGCACCGUGAUCCAUCGAGAGAUCGGCGCUCGGGCCGCCAAGGCCGAAUCCAAGAAAGUGCCGAGCGAUCUCGCGUCCUCCAGCAUCAGCGACAAGCUCUCCGAGAAGGGCCUCGAGAAUAUCCCAGUCAUCAUUCGCGUGGCCGAAG